CUACCAGACUACCGACUACGUCAGUUCAAUGGUUCAAUCAAGUUCAAUACUGAUACUACUGUCUACGCUACUGUACUCUGUACUCUACUCUUACUGACUCCUACUGUGACCUGUGCUGUGGCUGGUAACGAUCAAAAGGAGGAAAGCUGAACUUCAAGCAAAAUGCGAUUAGGGAAGAGACACCUUGAAGUAGCUACGAGAUGGUUGCCAUCUGUAUCAAUUUACGGAGCAUCGGCUGGCGUGGCAUUAGUGUAUUUUACAGAUUGGAGAGUUGUAGCUGAUUUUAUACCCUUUUAUAGAGGAAAAUUUAAGGAAUAGUUUAUUCGCUUACGAUGUUACAUCAUAUAAUAAAUUCUAGUGACAUGUAAUUAUUAGCUGUAUCAUUUAUUAAAUAGAUAUACAUAUUCAUAUAUGCAAUACAUAAUAUUGUAGAUAAUAAUUGAUGCAAGCAUCAUCAAACAUAUAUAUAUUUGCUGAAAAACUUUA